AUGGCUACCCCGUAUCUCUCGCCCAUACUAGACGAGCACAACCCAGGACGAACCGUUACCCUUCGAAUCGGAUCACGGUUACAUGAGCAAAUGACACCGAAACGCGCCACGCGCAAGGCUGAUGGAGCUCCUCAGCGGCGCGUCCCGGAUUUCCCUGAGGCAUACCUUGACACAGCACCUGAGCAAUACCUGCCUAGUAUCCCAGUCGGGCAAUCGUGGAACUAUGGUGCCCCUACCACAACAAGUAUGCCUCGGCAUAACGUGGUGCAGGCCAACAUAGGGAUUAAGGAUUUGGCGGCAACAGUUGAUGCCAAUGUUGAGAAGGCCCAGGUGCGAGCGAAAAAGGCUGCCCCAAAAAACGCCCCGAAAGCCGCCCCGAAACCCAAGGCGACUCCGCGCGCGAAGGCUCCAAAGCGUGCGCCAACACCCGAUCAAACCCAGCUUCAGGAUGCCCUGCAGCAUGCUACCAUGUCACCCACGGGGUCUGACAAGACUCCCACGCCUCCUGUUAAGCGUGCGGUCUCUUCAGAACCCAGUCCCGAUGUCGAACCUCCAAUGCAGCGCCGUCUAUCUCAGCUAUCAAAUCCAAAUUCUCCACUCUAUCCAUCACCGAUGCAUCGGGCUGGAUCUCCUUAUCACGAUGAUCCAAUGCGUAGCUCGCUUGAUCGCCACAGCUCCGUCGACAAUGCUUCCGAGCGAUCUUGGAAUCUGGAACGUGAUAUCAACGAGGACGAAUUACAAAGGACGAGACCAGGAUACCGUGGCGAGAACAUCACAGCCCCGCCUCGACGCCCUUCUGGUCUGUACAUUGUUCCCGAGGAAGACGAGGACCUAUCGGAGCGUGGAUCUGUGGCUGGGUCUUUCAAGUCCGAAGCUGAUGCCUGGACUGCUCCCGCGCGAACAGUCAUCCCGGGAUAUAUUCGCUCGGCGUCUGUCGCGAGUAGUCAGUCCCUGAUUGAACUCAAGGAAAGUGUACUACGUCGAUGGAGAGGUUAUUUCGAGGACCUUGCGGGAUACCGAAUCAAUUGGAAUCGAGCAAUGAGUGUCUUACUUUUUGCUGUGGGCCUUGUAUUCGUUUUCUCAAGCAAUCUCCCAGGAAAGCUUCAGUCACGCCUGUUUCCCGGAAGUGACAUUUUGUAUUACUCUGGCAAUAUGUCUGACCCUACAGUUAUCAAUGGCCUCCGGAGCCAGGUAUCAAGAAUGAACUCCGAGAUGUCAUCGCUAUCAAGCGAGAUGAAUUCUGUUCGAUCGGAGCAUUCUAAAUACCGCAACGCUGUUCCCACAUACAUCACGGACUCCAGUCCGCAUCGAAAUCCAGUUCAUCAUGUCAACUUCCUGGCUUUAUCAACUGGAACCCUUAUUGACCCGUUCAACACCUCCCCAACCUAUGGUAGCAGGGCGCACUGGGCUAUGAGGCCAUGGAAUUGGGUGAAAUCCUUCACUCCCAUCUACACAGAAUUACGAACACCACAGCCUCCAAGAGCUGCUCUCUCUGCUUGGGAAGACGCGGGUGACUGCUGGUGCAGCCCCAUCCAGAACGGAACCCAACUAUCUGUCUUGCUUGGCCACAAAAUUGUUCCAGAGUCACUCGUUGUUGAACACAUACCAGCGGGCGCUUCUCUCGACAUCAAGGCCGCACCACGAGAGAUAGAGGUGUGGGCUCGAUAUGAAAUAAGCUCUGCCCGGCCACCGAUUGAGGAGCCAACGCCCAAGGCUACCGGAAUGCUACCUCGCUUUUGGGCCAAUGUUGCCCCUGCAAAUGGUCCAUUGCCACCACUGCCGACCGAACCUCCUUCUUCCCGUGACCAAAGCGUCGGUAGCUUGGGGCUUUCAGGACUCGGCUCACUGCAUGAGUUGCUCAUGGAAUCUAUUGGCCGUAGCGAUCCUAAAGAGCACCCAAGCGCUUACUCUGAUGACCCAAAGCUCGGGCCAAAUUACUACCGUAUUGGCAAAAUAACAUACGACAUCCACAGCGACGAAUAUACCCAGUCAUUCCCCAUCCAGACAGUCAUCGACAUUCAAGGCAUCCGCGUGGACAAGAUUGUGUUCCGCGUAGCUUCGAAUUGGGGAGCAGACCACACCUGCAUCUACCGACUCAAGUUACACGGGCACCAAUAA